ACGGAGGCAGUCGUCUUCGCUGCGCCAAGCCGGAUGAGACAAGCGCAAGUAGCCUACUAGUACUGUAGCUCCGGUCAUUUGGCAGCCGGUGCGACCUGACUUGAAAGACACGGUCCCAGUCACGACUACCGGUGUCCGGAAGGAAAUAACGGACGGCAAAGGGACCUGAUAUCGGGAAUUAAUUUGCAAAAUAGCGACACGUGGAGCAACAAAAUAAGGAGAGAAAGAAAGACAGGCCAGCAGAAAGAAAAGAAAAGAACAAGACGCAAGCUCCCCGUCUGUCGAGUCCGAAGAGGCGCCCCUGGUGCCGUCUGUACAGGUCACCUCAACCGUGACGGCGCGGCACAAUGGAGGCUUGACCCGCUGUCCCCGAGACAGCUAUCAGAAAGCAAAUAUUUAAACUCAUUAUACCUCUGGCUCCCAGAGCGGCUUACGCUGGGACCUACAACGGAAGCAGAGAGAGAGAGAGAGAGAGAGAGAGAGAGAGAAAGGAAGGAAGGAAGGAAGAAAAAAGAGGGGGGGCAGUGAAGAAAAAAAGAGAGAGCAAACACAUUGAGAGUGAACUCGGGCGGCUAUUUCUGCCACGCUGUGGGCAGAAGAACGUCUCAUUUGGGAGUGCACUUGGACUGCAGAAAAAGGAUUUCCCUGUGCCCUGCCUGUUUACCCAAAUGCCUGUCUAAAUACUGGAUGGAGAUAUCAAUUUUGUAGCCGGUCCAAAAAGGCGCCCCAACAAAAGAGUCUAACUAUAGAAGAGCCUGAAGCUUCAGCGGCCCCCUCCUCUUGACUCCCUCACAGGGCCCUCCAGGGGAGAGAAAAAAAAAUAAUACAGUACACAAGCAAAGUUAAAGGAGAUUAGCUGUUUGUUGUGCGAUAGCUUUCAGAUCUUAAACUGAGAAGUCUCACCAACAUCAAACACAGACGAUCAGAUAAUCUUCUGGAAUAAUCCGCCCCGGCCGUCGUCUAGAGACUUCAUCUCCUGCGAGGCUGCUCUUGUGCCCAGGCCGAGGCGCUGUGCAGUGUUGGGGGACAACUGCUCUUUCGGCUGCUGCCUGCUUUGAUGCAUUUACCCAUCGGGGUGGUGCAGGAUGAAGCCCUUGACUCCCAUCGGCUCCCCGUCCCCCCUGCGACUCCUCAACAAGGGCCCGGACUACCUGCGCUGGCAGAUGGACACUGGCAACCGCGGGCGGGCGGUGAGCGCCGUGGAGCGUCUGGAGGCCGACAAGGCCAAGUACGUGAAGAGCCAGCAGGUCAUUAACACCAAGCAGGAGCCGGCGCUGGUGCCCUGCGCCACCCCUCCGCCCCCACCACGCCGGCCGCUGGCCGUGUCGGCCUGCUCCACGCCGCGCCUGCCGCACCGCUGGCACCAGGACGGCUUCUACUCCACCUCCACCCCACUCUCCCCGCGGGACGACAGCGAGGACGACUCCAGGAAGGAGAACCGCCAGGGAGGGGACGACGACGAGGAUGAUGAAGAUGAUGAUGAGGGAGCGCCGGCGAGGAAGAGCGUGGAGGAGCAGAACCGCACCAACGCCAAGCAUGUGCUCAUGCCGUCUCCGCGGAUGCCCGUCCCCGUGCCGCUCGUGGCGCCCCACAGCGCCCCCGUGCUGCGGCGGAGCACCGGCAAGCGCAUGCUGCGGCCGGACUCACUGGUCAUCUACCGGCAGAAGAAGGAGUGCAAGUCGCCCACGGUGACCAUCGCGGGGGGUAACAGCGCCACGGAGACCAAAGGCUACAGCUUUGUGCGGAGGCUCUUCCAGGGCUCCAUGCGGGAGAAGAGCAGUGGGGGUGGAGACAAGAUGACCAUCAGCGAGGAGAAGGCGCCGUCACGAGACGGAGACUCGCGCAUGUCCUGGUCCAACGACAAGAACUCGGUGGAUGGCGUGACCGGUGGCAACGAGACACGGCGGUCCAGCAGAUCCGACCGGGCACGUUCGGUGGAGUCCGACAACGGGAACGUCUACCUCGUGGAGAGGCCGGCGAAGAAGCCCAAUGGAGCGCUCAACGGCACGAGUGACCACUCGAACAACAAUAUCACCGCGUUCACCACCACCACGGACGACGACAUGGACCCCUGGAAGCCCGUGGUUCCGCCCGUGGCCCUGCGGACCGGGCUGCGGCGCUCCAAAUCGGAGCUGCGGCUACGCUCGUCCUCGCUGGCGCUGUCCGAGCAGGAGCGCUUCUUCGACUUCUGCGGCCUCGACCUGGACAUCAUCGAAUGGCUGGGCCCCGAGAACUUCCUGUCCGGCGCCAGCUCUAUCGACACGCUCUCGCUCAUCCUGCGCAGCGUGGCCGGCGGCUCGGAGCCCAGUGAGUUCUCACGCCACUCGGGCGACGGCCUGUUUCAGGAGGAGCUGGCCGAGCAGCUGCCCACCGGGGUGUCCAUCAUCGAGCGCAACGCGCGGGUCAUCAAGUGGCUCUACGGCUGCAAGAACGCACAGAAGGAGGGACCCAAAGAGUCCACAGUGUAGCCACUGACUGACUCCAACUGAGUGGACAGGGCUAAGGACUAAAGCCCCUAUGCAGAGCUGAUACGCCAUAGAGUACUUCUGACAGAUCGAUAUGCUGUAUUUAUUUCUUUUGAGAAUAUGUGAGAGACUGUUAGUGCUGUGAAUGCACCAACCCUUCCCCUUUUGCCACAUACUGAAACCGCCCUUCUACCCUCCUUUUAGGAUGACGCAUUUUACUGGUCGCCUGUUUUCAAACAACUCUCUUCUGUGUUAUGCUCAAAACUGUUCAAAAUUUAGUCUCGAUUCUGUGAUACUAGGUCAUGUUGUAAUGUGUGUUAUUGCACCAACUGUGUUGUUUGCUUAACAUGCCUCUGCAUCCUGUGUCUUUGCAAGUUAAUAAUUUAUGAACAGAAAAAAAAACAUUGAGUUUUGUUUCCCCUGACCAGAAGAAAUGAUGUGAGUAUUAAGUGAACCGUGUGUACCUCAUUUCUCCACUGUCCCAGAUUAGUAUGGGUUGUGUGUGUGUGUGUGUGUGUAUACCUCAUUUUCCCACUGUCCCAGAUUAGUAUGGGUUGUGUGUGUGUGUGUAUACCUCAUUUUCCCACUGUCCCAGAUUAGUAUGGGUUGUGUGUGUGUGUGUAUACCUCAUUUCUCCACUGUCCCAGAUUAGUAUGGGUUGUGUGUGUGUGUGUAUACCUCAUUUUCCCACUGUCCCAGAUUAGUAUGGGUUGUGUGUGUGUGUGUAUACCUCAUUUCUCCACUGUCCCAGAUUAGUAUGGGUUGUGUGUGUGUGUGUAUACCUCAUUUCUCCACUGUCCCAGAUUAGUAUGGGUUGUGUGUGUGUGUGUAUACCUCAUUUUCCCACUGUCCCAGAUUAGUAUGGGUUGUGUGUGUGUGUGUAUACCUCAUUUCUCCACUGUCCCAGAUUAGUAUGGGUUGUAUGUGUGUGUUCAUAUUUUUUUUUUCUUCCUUAAACGCAGGCGUUGGAACAAACAUGCAAUACACCCCUAUGGGGCCUGAAGAGCACUGAACUGGAGUGAAAACAAGAGAGAGCGAGAGAACAAGAGAGAGCAAUAGAGAGAGAAAAAUAACAUAGACCUAUGAUCUCUUUAAUUUACUGUGCAUAAAGAAUGCUGUUCCUGAUAAACCAAGAGUACAAUCUCAUAGUAUUUAAGCUCACUCAUCAGGCUCAGAUCAAGCUUAGUUGAACCAGACAUGCACCACUGCACAUGUUGCUGACUGAAUUGCUCUACAAUUCCAAAUCCAUAGAAACAGAGUGUAUGUUCUGUUUCUAUGUGUAGAUUUCUCCAUGUCACAGAAUAUUCCAGCAAUACCAGAGACAUCAUAGACUAGAUCACUUGUUACUGUCAAUAUGUCUCACGUUUUAAAGAAAACAAAGCAAUAAUCAAAUACUCAACGCAGAGCACGACUUCAGACUCUGCUGCAUGAUGAAGGGGCCAGUGCGCUUUAUUCCCCUCAGCCGAAUAGUGUUAGGUAGUCUGACAUGGCAUGAAUGACAGUCACAUAAAGGCAAACUCCCACAGGGCCAACAGCACUCCCCCAAUGUGUCAGACUGUGAUCUGUCUCUCCGUCUUAAAACAUGAAGGGAGGGAGCUAAGGGCCCUUUUAAUCAACACCCCCACCUUACACACACACACACACACACACACACACACACACACACACACACACACACACACUCACACACACACACACACACACACACACUCACUCUCUCAUACACACACCCACUCUCACACACACACACACCUUACCUUAUGCCCUCAGCCACUCAUUCACACUUUAGUUAAAAGCAGUAUGUAGGCCAGGGGUCAUAGUAGACCCACUGCAAACUGGAUAGGAGAGUUACAGCAGUGUGUGCAGGUCACAAAAUCAUGUGACCUGUGUGGAAAUUCUGACAUCCCCACAACCAUGAUAGAUGCCUUGUAUGACCUGCUCUGGAUGGGUUCUCUGCUCCUCUAAAUCUGCUGGAACUUGGUUUGAUAUGUUGGUCUCGACGCAGAUCUGUAUGCUGAAGGUCCGAAAGAAUGGCCAUCUGGCCACAGCCAAACUGGAAAUGCUAGAGAGCUGUUGUGUUUGCAUGUUUACAGGAUGGUGUAUAUAAUUCUGCAAAGAUUUUCUUUCUAUCUAUGAGAGGUUUAGAUUUUAUUCCAAAGAACAUUGUGUAUUAUUUACACACAAGGUCAACAUAAUAAAGUACUAUUUGUGGAUAAUAGUUCAUUUUUUUGUCUUUUUUACUUGCAAUCAACAGAAGUAAAGUAGAAAUUGUACAAAAUUCAUGUACUGCGUACUGUGAUAACUGAAAUGUGUUGUUGAAUUGUUAUUAUAACUCUAGGGAUAUCGACAACAUUCUCACACAAGCACACACAUACAAAAAUAGAUUAGGUGACACUUACGAAUGCACAUACAUAUAAUGAUAUCUGCAUGAAGUCUAGACAUCUCUUUGCCAUGUUAUGUUUGACCCACUGGAGACCCACACAGUGCUGGAUGAAGGAUCUUAAAGGAUGCCAAAACUCAGCCACGGCAGAGACAGCAGCGCAAUCCUGUCGCUGAAUAACUCUUUAGUGAGAGGAUAACCCAGCUAUCUGUUUAGGCCCUGAGUGCCCGUGGGUCUGAGUGGCUGGUUCAUCAUUGCCCAGGUCACAGGUUUGAUGAAGUGGCUCUUUCUUUUUGUCUCUCAGCUCAUUUUCCAGCUGCGCUCAAGUGGCUGUUUACUACUGAACCCUAUUAGCACACAAGACACUUGAGUUUGAGGCCGCUGGUCAUUGUUCAGAGUUAGCACACUGGUGCCACAGGCCUAACGCUCUUCACCUGUCUGUCUGGUCAUGGACCCUCUUCACCUGUCUGUCUGUCUGGUCAUGGACAUUCUUCUGUCUGUCUGUCUGGUCAUGGAAGCUCUUCACCUGUCUGUCUGUCUGGUCAUGGACAUUUUUCUCUAUGUAUGCCUGUACCUCUGUCUACAUGUUUGUGUCUAUCUACGCUCCUAAAAUGAA